AUGCAGGAGCGAGCAACAAUCUCGCCUAUCGACAAUACGACGUGUGUAAUACGCCCACUUGCAAGGCGCGAACAAGUGGAUGAAACAAUUAAACGGUCCGAAGCAGCAUUUGAAAAAUGGAAACGCGUUCCUAUACAAACACGAAUCGGAAUACUGUCGAAAUUUGUUGAUUCGUUUGCAGCAAAGACGGAUGAAAUUGCGAAGGAGUUGACUAUUCAAAUGGGAAGGCCUAUAAGGUAUGCUCCUGGAGAGAUUAAUGGAACGGUACAAAGGGCAAAAUAUAUGAUAUCUAUUGCUGAGCAAAGUUUGAAGGAUUAUGAAGUUGAGAGUUCAGAAGGAUCCCAGUUCAAGAAAUUUAUUAAAAAGGUGCCACUGGGUCCAAUUCUCAUUAUUGCAGCAUGGAACUAUCCUUAUCUGAUUUCCGUGAACGGUGUAGUGCCUGCAAUUUUGGCGGGUAACACGGUCAUUCUCAAACAAUCAGCACAAACACCGCUUUGCGCGGAGAGGUUUGCAGAGGCGUUCAAGGAAGCUGGGCUCCCCGAUAAUGUAUUUCAGUAUCUACACAUGGAUCAUGCCGCGACAGCAAGGGUAAUCGAACAUCCAUCAAUCGCAUACGUCAAUUUUACUGGAUCAGUUGAGGCAGGCCAUGAAGUCCAGAAAGCCGCCAGCGCAAAAUUUAUGGCGACUGGCCUUGAACUCGGUGGGAAAGAUCCUGCUUACGUUCGCCCGGAUGCAGACUUGGAUUACACAGUAGAACAGCUUGUCGAUGGAUCGUUCUUCAAUAGUGGACAAUGCUGUUGUGCUAUUGAGAGAAUAUACGUCCAUGAGGAUAUAUACGAUAAAUUUUUAGACAAGUUUGUUGCAUUGACCAAGCAAUACAAAUUGGGAAAUCCAUUAGAUUCAGAAGUGACGCUUGGUCCAAUGGUACGUACAAAGGCUGCUGACUUUGUUCGUGGACAGAUCAACGAUGCUGUAAAAAUGGGCGCGAAACCGUUGAUAGACAAAAGUCUUUUCCCCGCAGACAAGGAUAAUACACCAUAUAUGGCACCACAGGUUCUCGUUGACGUAAAUCAUUCAAUGAGAGUUAUGACUGAAGAAAGUUUUGGUCCGGUCAUUGGUAUCAUGAAGGUCAAAUCUGACGAAGAGGCAAUUCAAUUGAUGAAUGACUCUGAAUUUGGCUUGACAGCAAGCAUUUGGACCAAGGAUGUUGAUGCUGCCAUUGCUAUCGGAAACGAAAUAGAUACCGGAACGUGGUUUAUGAAUCGCUGUGAUUACUUGGAUCCGGCAUUGGCCUGGGUUGGUGUUAAGAAUUCAGGGCGCGGAUGCACGUUAUCCAAGUUUGGAUUUGAUUAUCUGACAAGACCAAAAUCAUACCAUUUAAAAUUGGUUACCAGCGACAAAACUUGA